AAAGAAACUAGGAAGUUGAAGAAGCAAAGUAGAAGAAACUUGUUUGAGUGUAAGCUGGGUUUUUCUUCUGAACUCUGCGUUCGUUCGUUCGUUCCUCUUCUCUUCCUCUCGCUCUCUUUCUCAAUGGACAUUGAUUUCAAAGAGUACCAGUUACGCUGUGAACUUCACGGCCACGAAGACGAUGUUCGUGGAAUUUGCGUCUGCGGCAACGACGGCAUAGCGACAUCGUCAAGGGACAAAACGGUUAGGUUCUGGUCACCGGAAAAUCGCAAGUUUGUGUCGUCCAAGGUUCUGGUCGGGCAUUCGAGCUUUGUGGGACCCUUGGUGUGGAUCCCUCCGAACCCUGAGUUGCCGCAAGGUGGGGUUGCGUCUGGCGGCAUGGACACUCUCGUGUUGGUGUGGGACUUGAGCACUGGUGAGAAGGCUCACACGCUCAAGGGUCAUCAGUUGCAGGUUACUAGCAUUGCGUUUGAUGAUGGGGAUGUUGUUUCCGCUUCGGUUGAUUGUACAUUGAGACGGUGGAAGAACGGGCAAUGUACAGAGACGUGGGAGGCUCACAAGGCUCCAGUCCAAGCUGUUAUCAAGCUACCCACAGGCGAGCUUGUUACAGGUUCAAGUGAUACUACUUUGAAGCUUUGGAGAGGAAAAACUUGUGUACAUACUUUUGAAGGACAUUCAGAUACAGUUAGAGGCUUGGCUGUGAUGUCUGGUCUUGGAAUCCUGUCUGCAUCCCAUGAUGGUUCUCUCAGAUUAUGGGCAGUCAGUGGUCAAGUGUUGAUGGAGAUGGUUGGCCAUACUGCAAUUGUUUAUUCAGUUGAUUCACAUUCAUCCGGACUUAUUGUGAGUGGUAGCGAGGACCGUUUUGCAAAAAUAUGGAAAGAUGGAGUUUGUGUUCAGAGCAUAGAGCAUCCUGGUUGUGUUUGGGAUGCAAAAUUUAUGGAAAAUGGAGAUAUCGUGACAGCAUGUUCAGAUGGAAUUGUACGCAUUUGGACCGUAAAUCAAGAUUAUUUUGCUGACCAGCUAGAGCUUGAUUUAUACACUUCACAACUUUCUCAAUACAAGUCUAGUAGAAAGAGGGUUGGAGGAUUGAAAUUGGAAGAGUUACCAGGGUUGGAGGCACUGAAGAUCCCAGGAACUAGUGAUGGCCAGACAAAAGUAGUCAGAGAAGGGGAUAACGGGGUUGCAUAUGCAUGGAACAUGGCAGAACAGAAGUGGGAUAAAAUUGGUGAAGUUGUUGAUGGACCAGAGGAAUCAAAUCGUCCUUUUAUGGAUGGCAUUCAGUAUGAUUAUGUGUUCGAUGUUGAUAUUGGAGAUGGUAUGCCUAUCCGUAAGUUGCCAUACAACCGAUCAGAUAAUCCAUAUGAUGUUGCUGAUAAAUGGCUACUCAAGGAGAAUCUUCCUCUUUCCUUCCGUGAGCAAAUUGUACAGUUCAUACUUCAAAAUACUGGACAGAAGGAUAUUACUUUUGAUGCUUCAUUUCGUGACCCCUACACCGGCUCCAAUGCUUACAUACCAGGACAACCUUCCGGCAUGUCUGAUAUUUCUGCGAAACCUACCUUCAAGCAUAUCCCUAAGAAAGGGAUGCUUGUUUUUGAUACAGCUCAGUUUGAUGGGAUCCUUAAAAAGAUUACCGAGUUCAAUAAUACUCUACUAUCCAAUCAGGAAAAGCAGAACUUGUCCUUGACGGAGCUCGAUGUUUCCAGACUGGGUGCCAUUGUUAAAAUUCUCAAAGAUACUUCACAUUAUCAUUCUAGUAAAUUUGCAGAUGCUGAUAUCGCCCUAUUACUGAAUUUGCUUCGGUCAUGGCCAAGCUCAAUGAUAUUUCCUGUCAUUGAUAUUGUAAGGAUGAUAGUUCUUCAUCCAGAAGGGGCUCUUGUACUUCACAAGCAUUUUGGAGCUGAAAAUGACAUUCUAAUGGAAUUGAUUAAGAAAGUCACCAUAAACCCGACAAUUCCUGCGAAUCUGUUGACCAGCAUUCGAGCUGUGACUAAUCUCUUUAAGAAUUCAUGCUAUUACAACUGGUUGCAAAAACAUCGUAGUGAGGUUCUUGAUGCUUUCUCAAAUUGUAGUUCAUCUACAAACAAAAAUUUGCAGCUAUCCUACUCUACCUUGAUUCUCAAUUAUGCUGUGCUAUUGAUUGAAUCAAAAGAUCAAGAAGGUCAAUCUCAAGUUCUAUCAGCAGCUCUUGAGAUUGUCGAGGAUGAAAAUGUAGAAGUUGAUUCCAAAUUUCGUGCUUUUGUUGCUGUUGGAUCACUGAUGCUCGAGGGUCUUGUGAAAAAAAUAGCACUGGACUUUGAUGUUUUGAACAUUGCAAAAGCAGCUAAGGGUUCUAAGGAAGCCAAGAUUGCUGAAGUUGGAGCUGACAUAGAGUUGCUAACAAAGAGCUGAAUCCAAUUCCUUCUGGGUGAUUAAUCUCUUCCUUUCCCCCAAAUAAAAUGAUGGACAAAAUAGGAAUGCCCAUGCUCAUGUUACUGACCCACAAUCGAACACAUGCACACGGGUUCCAUUUUUGUUAUUCUGUGCAUUUUGUAUCUGUGGGGAAAGGUCAAAGCACCUUAUGCAGAGUUCCUUGGAAAUGGAAUUUUUUUAUGCAGUGUACAGCAUCAUGAUCUUCAGAUCCUUGUGCCAAAUUCUCUCAUAUAUCGAAUUUUCAUUUCUAUUUGAAAUUCUAUUUGAUACGAUUAUUUUUUGGGUCCAAGGACGACUAUGUAUAUGCUCGCAUAUACACUAUCAUCAGGUUUGAGUUAAGUUCAAUCUUUAUAUUGAUGGUGAAGGUUUUUUUAGUAAAAUAAAUCUUGCAAUCUAUAUGA